AUGGGUGAACCUUCGAAGUUCCACUCAGCACUCACUGUAACCAACGUUAAAUCUCUAAUUCCUAUAACGUUGAACAUGGAAACAGGAAAAUAUCACUCUUGGGCGACCCUUUUCAUAGUUCAAGCCAACGUCCAUUGCGUUCUUGAACACAUCCAACCCCCAACUGACUCUGCUGCCGCAACGGCUUACGCCGCCGCAAAGGAGGCUGACCUCCCUCUCUGGACUCGACUAGACAAUGUCGUCUUGCAGUGGAUCUAUGGCACAAUCUCCACUGACAUCUUAGACACAAUCCUCGUCCAGGGCGACAAUGCACUGCAAGCAUGGAAACGUGUGGAAAACUUGUUCCAUGACAAUAAGAAUACCCGAGCAGUAUUCCUUGAAACCCAGUUCACCACCACAGUUAUGGCCGACUUCCCCUCAAUCAUUGCCUAUUCCAACCGCCUCCAAUCCCUAGCCAUCCAGCUUGCCAAUGUCGGAGCCCCUGUCUCCGAGCAUCGCUUGGUCUUGCGUCUUCUUGCUGGCCUUCCAGAGGCUUACCGACACUUCGUGUCUCAAAUGCAACAAAAGAAAACAUUACCAGGGUUCGCAGAGAUGUGCUCGCGUCUCAAGCUCGAAGAUUCAACAACCAAAGAAUGGGCCGCUCGUGAUAACGGCGGCGCAGCCCUUCUGGUCGUCGAUGAGGAGCCGCCUCCUCCACCACCACAGAAUCACGGGGGUCACAACCCAAACAAUGGCAAUGGGAGGAACAAUUACCGAGGUAAGAAACCAUACCGUGGCAGAGGUCAUAAUAACAACCACCACCGCGGAGGUCAUAACAACGGAGGGAAUAACCAUGGUAACAAUAUCGGUGGUGGUCGUGGCCGUGGAAAUCACACCACCAGCAACUACCAAGCAUCACCUCCAACAUUCUGGCCGUACAACCCAUACGGCUGGGUUCCUCCGCCGCCUCCACAGUGGCCCAUGCCACCCUGCCCCUAUCCAACCACACCGUGGCAGCAACCACAGCAGCAUCAACCACAGCAGCAGCGUUCCAACAAUCAGGCUAGGGUUCUGGGUGCACGGCCACCACAGGCCUACAAUAUGCAGGCUUCGAAUUUUGGGUAUGCUACUGCUCCUGUCUCAAAUUUUGGGUAUAUGCCAACCGAUGUGGAAGCAGCUAUGCACACACUCUCUCUUCACCAGCCGGAUGACAAUUGGUAUAUGGACACCGGAGCAACAUCUCAUAUGACUGCAAACUUAGGAUUUCCGGACGGGGAGACGCCUAAUGAGAUGUGAGAGUUUCGGGGAGCUUUAUCCAUUUACUGCCAAUCAUCACGCCAUCACAAACCAUUCAUCUUUUCUUGCUGCUGCAUCCUCAAACACUUGGCA